AUGGUGUUUGCUCAACGUGAAGGCGGCGGCGGCGGCGUGGUGGCUGCGGAGUCGAGGCUGUGGCCUGUCGGUGAUAAAGCCGGCUGGACCUUCGGUGUCCUAGAAUGGUCCAACUACAAGCCCUUCAGGGCAGGCGACGUUCUCUUGUUCAGGUACCCGCCCGGCGCGCACAACGUGGUGCAGGUGGACGCUGAGGCAGUUCAAGACUGCGAGAUUCCCGGCAACGCUACCGUGUGGAGCUCUGGGAGCGACCGCAUCACCCUUGCCCGCGGCGUAUCCUUCUUCGUCUGCGGCUUCCCGGGACACUGCAAGAACGGCAUGAAGAUCGCUAUCACCGCAAACUAG